CGGAGCUCAGGACGGCUGGCAGAAAUCUCCCCAAGCCCAAGGCUGGCAGAGCUUUACAGGAUCCCAGCACCACAGCCUGUAGAUGAGCUCCACCCACCUAAAUUCAAACCCCAGCCACCGAAGGAGAGGAGAACCAGUCUGGAUUGCCCGGCAACUCGAUGGAGGCACUUCAGGACUGGAAAGGCUUUCAGUAUCCUGCCACUGCCAGGUGUGCUGCAGCCAGGAGAGAGCCAGCAGGUCUCCUCCACCCUCUCUGGCCACCUCAACACCACCUGCAAUGUCCCGGAGCUGUGCCACAUGGAGGGAGGCUCCACCUCCGAGGUGCUGGUGCCCAGGGCAGCCUCACGUGUCAGCUCCUCCCUGAGCCCCCAGGAGAUCAACUGUAGCUCUCAGGCCCCUCUCAGGGUCAGAAGGGAGCUGAAGGAGCCAGCUCAAAAGGUCAAGGAGGAGGCAAAAGCCCUAGAGGAGGAAGAGAGGAGGAAGGAGGAAGAGAGGCAGAAGAAGCGAAAGAAGAGUGUCUCUGUUGGGAAGCAAGCUCCAAAACCAGCAAGGGGGAAAACCAAGACCCAAGAGAAUAAGGAAACCAAAAUCCCAGAGAGGAAGGAAACCAAAAUCCCAGAGAAGAAUGAAGCCAAAAUCUCAGAGAAGAAGGAAGCCAAAGACCCAAAGAAGGGGGAACCCAAAGCCGUCAAGGAGGGGGGAACUGAAAUCCCAAAGGACUAAGCUAAGAUGGAGAAGAACCCUUUAUUCUUUAUUCAUACAACUCAUUUUACACAGUUUAACACACCUUGUGUGCACCUUUAGUUCAU